GGAUUUGGGGAAUCUGGGCUUGGAAAUGCCUCAGCCCAGUGUGAGUGGAAUGGACCCUCCUUUUGGGGAUGCCUUUCGGAGCCAUGUGUUUUCAGAGCAGACUCUGAUGAGCACGGAUCUCUUGGCAAGCAGUUCAGAUCCAGACUUCAUGUAUGAGCUGGACAGAGAAAUGGACUAUCAGCAAAGCUCCAGAGACAACUUACUUUCAAUGGAGGACUGCAAAGACCUUGAGAACUUGGAGUCUUUUACGGACAUCCUGGACAAAGAAGCUGCUCUCACCUCAAAGUGGGAGCAGUGGGACACCUACUGUGAAGACUUAACUAAAUACACUAAAUUAACCAGCUGUGACAUCUGGGGAACAAAAGAGGUGGAUUACCUGGGCCUUGAUGACUUUUCAAGCCCAUACCAAGAUGAAGAGGUGAUAAGCAAAACACCGACACUGGCUCAGCUUAACAGUGAGGACUCCCAACCUGUUUCUGAUUCACUCUAUUACCCUGAUUUGCUCUUUAGUGUAAAACAAAACCCUUUAAAUUCUUUGUUACCUGGCAAAAAAAUUGCAACCAGAGCAGCAGCCCCAGUCUGUUCCUCCAAGAACGUUCAGGCUGAGGCACCUUUGUCGGACUGUGUUCAGAAGGCAAGCAAACCUGCAACUCAGCCUGCUUCCAGUACACAAAUCAUGGUGAAGGCCAAUGUGUACAAUAAUGAAAAGGUGAACAUUCACGUUGAAUGUAAAGACUAUGUUAAAAAGGCAAAAGUAAAGAUCAAUCCUUUACCACAGAGCAGACCAGUGCUGAGCCAGACACAUGCUGAUGCAGCAAAGGAAAACACCUGCUAUUGUGGUGCUGUAGCAAAGAGACAAGAAAGAAAAGGAAUAGAGUCCCCGCAUAGUCACAGUAUGCCUCCUAUUUUGCCUUUUAAAGAGACUCGAGAACUGCUCCUCAGUCCACCCCAGGAAACCCCAGGGCUUAUUGUGGGGGAGAGCAGUCUUUCUGCCAGCACAUCAGUGUCAGAUUCUUCACAGAAGAAAGAAGAGCACAACUAUUCUCUUUUUGUAACAGACAGUUUGGGUGAACAGUCAACCAAAGGAGACCCUGAGGAAGAUGAGGAUGAUGAGGACGAUAUUGAAGAUGAGGACCAUGAUGAAGGAUUCGGCAGUGAGCACGAGCUGUCUGAAAACGAUGAUGAGGAAGAAGAUUAUGAGGAUGAUAAAGAUGACGACAUCAGCGAUACUUUCUCAGAACCAGGGUAUGAAAAUGAUUCUGUGGAGGAUUUAAAAGAAAUGACUGCAAUAUCCUCUCGGAAAAGAGGCAAGCGAAGAUACUUCUGGGAGUACAGUGAGCAACUAACACCAUCGCAACAAGAAAGAAUGCUGAGGCCAUCCGAGUGGAAUCGAGAUACGUUACCAAGUAAUAUGUAUCAGAAGAACGGUCUCCAUCACGGAAAAUAUGCAGCAAAGAAGUCACGGAGGACUGAUGUAGAAGACCUGACUCCCAACCCCAGAAAACUUCUACAGAUUGGUAAUGAACUGAGGAAGCUGAAUAAGGUGAUCAGUGACCUGACACCAGUCAGUGAACUUCCCUUAACUGCCAGACCAAGGUCAAGAAAAGAAAAGAACAAGCUGGCUUCCAGGGCUUGUAGACUAAAAAAGAAAGCCCAGUAUGAAGCCAAUAAAGUAAAACUCUGGGGUCUCAACACGGAAUAUGAUAAUUUACUGUUUGUGAUCAACUCCAUUAAACAAGAAAUAGUUAAUCGGGUGCAGGUACCUAAAGAUGAUAGAGGAGUCAACAUGGAACAAAAAUUGAACAUACUUAUUAAAGACACUCUUGGACUACCUGUAGCUGGACAGACAUCAGAAUUUGUGAAUCAAGUCCUAGAGAAGACUGCAGAGGGAGACCCCACCGGUGGCCUUGUAGGGCUACGAAUACCAAUGUCAAAAGUUUAAGACGUGAUUUCAGCUGUUCUCAUCCGUCAGAUUCGACCUGUGUUGUCAAGUACUUCAUUGUAAAUUGCAUUCUGGUCUGCAUGUCAGUUUAGCAUCAUGUAAACACUUACAAUUAGGUUCCAUUGUUUUUAAAUAACAAUGUAGU